CGUAAAUAAUAUUAUACUGAAAUAGAACCAAAAUAAGCCCAAUUCGACUUUUAUCUUACCAGAUCGCCAUAUUUUUGAUGGUAUCCAGUUUUUACAUAAUUUGGUUACUUCUACAUACACACGCUGGCUAUUUUCUAGCAGAUGAAGAGAAAUAUAUUGACUUCCCAGAAAAGUUAAUAUUUAAAAGAGAGGUGAUAACUACAUCGCAAGAUAAUUUGUUAAUGACACAGGAUAUUAAAAUGUCUCAUAAGAGGGAAGAUAAAAAAGACGCUGAAAACAGAUCUACUAAAACAGUACCUACUACAACGAAGAGUACGGAACCCCGAUGGGACCAGUGGACUCAGUGGUCGCCUUGUAGUGUCAGCUGUGGAAGAGGUAGAAAUAUUCGAUGGAGAAAUUGUCGAGAAAAUUGUCGUGAAGCUGAAACAGAAAUGGAAGAGAAACGUUGUCAAAUGCCUGCUUGUCCUCAAAAAUUGUUCGGCUUGAUCAAAUUAUGAUACCGUAAUCAUUAUUAAAGAUUAAAAAUUUAUUGGGUACAUGUGCAAUUUUUUAUGUCCUAAAGAAGUAUCCUACAAUAAUUUAGAAAUAAAGAUAUAAAUAUUUUAAA